AUGGAUCUAACACAAUAUCAAACAUAUGUCAAAUUUCUUUCUGGCCCUAACUACUCGCCUACUUUACCACUUAAGCAAUAUAGACUUCUAAAACAAUUUCCUCCAGCCAAUAAACAAAACCUUCAAGAAAAUAUUCUUCAGAGUGUUGAAGUUUUGUUGGGAAAAUUACCUCAAGCACAAUUUGAUGCUAGAGAAAGAAUCUUGAAAGCUCAAUUAAGACAUAAAGAAAAACAUGAUAAAUACUAUCAAAUAGAAAGUUACUCUAUUGGCAAAAAGGUCUUGAGGUUUCGUUCUUUGCUGGUGGUGACGCACAAAGAAAAGUUGGAAGAAUAG